CAGAGAUUUGUGGACUAGAAUUGAAACCUACUAGCGGAAGUCCUGCGCAGCCUGGGCGGGACUUCCGGCUACAAUUGCGUGGGACUUAUGCUGACGGUGGGGAGCGAGUGGAGCCGGGAUGGUGCUGUUGGAGAGCGAGCAGUUCCUGACGGAGCUGACCAGGCUCUUCCAGAAGUGCCGGUUGUCGGGCAGCGUGUUCAUCACCCUGAAGAAGUAUGAUGGGCGAACUAAACCUAUUCCAAGGAAAGGUUCUGUGGAGGGCUUCGAGCCCUCGGACAACAAGUGUCUGUUAAGAGCCACUGAUGGGAAAAAGAAGAUCAGCACUGUGGUGAGCUCCAAAGAAGUGAAUAAGUUUCAGAUGGCUUAUUCAAACCUAUUGAGAGCUAACAUGGAUGGACUGAAGAAGAGGGACAAAAAGAGCAAGAGUAAGAAGACCAAAGCAGCACAGUGAAGGGCGCCUGAUUCCCUGCUUUCCCCAACUAACCACUGAAGUGCUGUUUUUCCUUUUGACCACAAAGCUAGGUUUCUGGUUCCCCUACAAUAACUGUUUUCAUGUGAGAUUAGGGUCAUUUUGGAUGGGAGAAGGGAUGUAAUGUUUACAGGGUAGUUUUCAGAAGCCAGUUUAUUUUAGAUCUGGCUAAUUGGUCUGUGUUGCAUAGUGUAUAUUCCUAGAUUAAAGUCUCUAUAGCCAUCUGUGUGAAGAGGGAUGUAUCAUUAAAUCUAUUUAUCAGCACUGAUCAUCUCUUAUUCCUUUUCCCAUCCCAUAGUAAUAGUCUCUGGCAAUAACUACUAAUUCUGGAAUGUGAUUAUGAAUAGGCUUUAGCCUUAUCUUCCAGGUUAUCGGAGUUGAAACCUGACAGUUUUAUAAAAAGUUAUGUUAGUUCACGGGUAUUUUUCCCAACUGGCUAUAUAAUUUUAUUACCAUAGUUCUUUUAGCAAAUUUGAGUGGGUUCUCAUAGUUAAAUUAGAGUUUGCUUACCCACCUUAGGAUAAGCAUAUUACAAAUUCAAGAAUAAAGAUUCCAAGUUAA